AUGGUUCCAGUGGCCUAUGUGUGUCUACCGUCCUUGCCGCUUACAUCCAAUGGUAAGCUAGACAGGCGAGCACUACCAGCUCCGGAUGAUGAGGCGUUUGCGCGUCAACAGUAUGAAGCUCCACAGGGUGAAAUGGAAGAAAAGCUGGCCGAAAUUUGGCGGGAACUACUUGGCAUUGAUCGUAUUAGUCGAUAUGAUAACUUCUUUGAAUUGGGUGGCCAUUCUUUGCUUGUGAUGCAGUUUGUUAACAAAGCGAAGCUCUGUAAUAUCAACAUUGAAGCUCGUGGUGUAUUUUCCUUUCCGGUACUCAAAGAUUUAGCGAAACAAAUAUCGCACCACUCGAAUAGAAUGUAUUGUGAUGUUGCUAUUCCAGUUCGUCAAUAUGGGAAUGAGACGCCUCUAUUUCUGUUGCCAGAAGGCGAAGGAGGUAUCUCCUACGCUUUUGAACUGGCACAUGACAUAGAUAAAAAUAUUCCCGUUUAUGUGUUACCGUGGUCGUCGCCAGAGAUUAAGCAGCCGUCGUCCAUCGAGGAAAUGGCCAAUGCAAUGAUCUCCCUCAUGAAGAAAAUUCAGACAAAUGGCCCUUAUGCCAUUGCUGGCUACUCUCCUGGCGGUAUUCUAGCCUACGAAAUGGCAAAACAGCUUAUAAACAGUGGUUGUAGUGUUUCAUUCCUAGGCCUAAUCGACACUUAUCUACCCAUCGAAAAUAUUCUCACCGAAACCACAGUAUUUUUAACAUCCGUACUGCAUAAAUUUCCCGUUUUCCAAACGCUAAAUGAUUCAAAGUGGUGGGAACGUGCCAAUAGAUUUACUCUGAAUGAAGCAAUUGAGGAGAUAAGAAAGACGUAUGUAGAUUUAAAAAAUACAGAUAUCGAAUGGGAAGCAUUGCUAUCGAAACAACGUCAUCAUUAUCGAAAUAUUUGUGCAGCGUUCAAAUUCGCAUCACUACCGAUGAAGGUACAUUUAUUCAAGGCAGUAGAUCGACUAUCGUUGCCUGACUGUAUUGACCACUUGAACAACCUUUACAAGAAUGAGAUGGAUUAUUUUAAGAAAUUUUCUAGCUUUCCGAUGUUGGGCUGGGAAAAUUACAAUCUUUCAACGGAUUUUCACGUUAUUUCAGCGGACGGUGAUCAUGGUACAAUGAUGACGGAUCCAAAAAAUCGUGCUCUCCUCGGAAAACAAAUAACGAAAUCGCACAGACAAGGCCAAAAUCAAUGA